UAUUGUGCACUAGGAAAACUGAGGAGAGUGAAGAUUAUGUUACUCAGGAACCAUUGUGUGAUCAUUAGAGUUCUCAUCUUGGAAUCUGAAGAAAAAGGCCUGAGACAUCAGCAUAUGAAGAUUGUGAAGACAAUCCCAAUUGUGAAUGGUACCACUGCUGGGCUCCUUCUGCAGAACAUCUGAAAUGAACCUCUCUUAUUGAUUGUUUUUAUUGGCCUAGAAUCAGGAGUACUGGAUUUAGUUGACUUCAGGGUAAAAAGAAAACAGUCCUGGUUAUCAUCACAAACAUAUGAACCAGUGUGAUGGUGAAAUGAGAUGAGGCUCCGAAAUGGAACUGUAGCCACUGCUUUAGCAUUUAUCACUUCGUUCCUUACUUUAUCUUGGUAUACUACAUGGCAAAAUGGGAAAGAAAAACUUAUUGCUUAUCAACGAGAAUUUCUUGCUUUGAAAGAACGUCUUCGAAUAGCUGAGCAUAGAAUCUCUCAGCGUUCUUCUGAAUUAAAUACCAUUGUACAACAGUUCAGGCGUGUAGGAGCCGAAACAAAUGGAAGUAAGGCUACAGUGAAUAAAUUUUCAGAUAAUACCCUAAAGCUACUAAAGGAGUUAACAAGCAAAAAAUCUCUUCAAGUGCCAAGUAUUUAUUAUCAUUUGCCCCAUUUAUUACAAAAUGAAGGAAGCCUUCAACCUGCUGUGCAGAUUGGCAAUGGAAGAACAGGAGUUUCAAUAGUAAUGGGAAUUCCCACAGUGAAGAGAGAAGUUAAAUCAUACCUCAUAGAAACUCUUCAUUCCCUUAUUGAUAAUUUGUAUCCUGAAGAGAAGAUGGACUGUGUUAUAGUAGUCUUCAUAGGAGAGACAGAUACUGAUUACGUACAUGGUGUUGUUGCCAACCUGGAGAAAGAAUUUUCUAAAGAAAUCAGUUCUGGCCUGGUGGAAGUAAUAUCACCCCCUGAAAGCUAUUAUCCUGACUUGACAAACUUGAAGGAGACAUUUGGAGAUUCUAAAGAAAGAGUAAGAUGGAGAACAAAGCAAAACCUGGAUUAUUGUUUUCUAAUGAUGUAUGCUCAGGAAAAGGGCAUCUAUUACAUUCAGCUUGAAGAUGACAUCAUUGUCAAACAGAAUUAUUUUAAUACUAUAAAAAAUUUUGCACUUCAACUUUCUUCUGAGGAGUGGAUGAUUCUAGAGUUUUCCCAGCUGGGCUUCAUUGGUAAAAUGUUUCAAGCGCCCGACCUCACUCUGAUUGUAGAAUUCAUAUUCAUGUUCUAUAAGGAGAAACCCAUCGACUGGCUCUUGGAUCAUAUUCUCUGGGUGAAAGUCUGCAACCCUGAAAAAGAUGCAAAACAUUGUGAUAGACAAAAAGCAAACCUGCGAAUUCGCUUCCGACCUUCCCUUUUCCAACACGUUGGUCUGCAUUCGUCACUAUCAGGAAAAAUUCAGAAACUCACGGAUAAAGAUUACAUGAAACCGUUACUUCUUAAAAUCCAUGUAAACCCCCCCGCAGAGGUAUCCACUUCCUUGAAGGUCUACCAAGGACAUACACUGGAGAAGACUUACAUGGGGGAGGAUUUCUUCUGGGCCAUCACCCCGGUAGCGGGAGACUACAUCUUGUUUAAAUUUGACAAGCCAGUCAAUGUAGAAAGUUACUUGUUCCAUAGUGGCAACCAAGAACACCCGGGAGAUAUUCUGCUCAAUACAACUGUGGAGGUUUUGCCUUUUAAGAAUGAAGGUUUGGAAAUAAGCAAGGAAACCAAAGACAAACGAUUAGAAGAUGGCUAUUUCAGAAUAGGAAAAUUUGAGAAUGGUGUGGCAGAAGGAAUGGUGGAUCCUAGUCUAAAUCCCAUUUCAGCCUUUCGACUUACAGUUAUUCAGAAUUCUGCUGUUUGGGCCAUUCUUAAUGAGAUUCAUAUUAAAAAAGCCACCAACUGAUCAUCUAAGAAACCAACAUUUUUUUCCUGUGAAUUUGCCGCUUAAAGAUAGUUAAGCAUGUACUUUUUUUUUUUUUUUACUUGAACACUACCUCUUGUGAAAUCUACUGUAGAUAAGAUGAUUGUCAUUUCCACUUGGAAAGUGAAUCUCCCAUGAUAAUUGUAUUCAUUUGAAACUAAGCUGUCCUCCGAUUUUAACUUGACUCAAACAUUUUACAAUUAUGACAGCCUGUUAAUAUGACUUGUACUAUUUUGGUAUUAUACUAAUACAUAAGAGUUGUACAUAUUGUUACAUUCCUUAAAUUUGAGAAAAACUAAUGUUAAAUACAUUUUAUGAAGGGGGUACUUUUGAGGUUCACUUAUUUUACUAUUAUAGACCCUCUUUUAUAGAUAAUCAGGGAUUAUAUAUAUAAAUAUAUAAAUAUACAUAAAAAUGUUAUGGAGUUAAUUUAUUAGAAACACUUAAGAAGUACAUAUUUUUGUGCAGUAAAUUUUUGAAUUGAUACUUUUUUUGAAAACCAAUUACCUUGCUUUUUUAAGUUCUUUCUAUCUUUUUCUUUGGAAAUGCAGACAUUACAAAUCAAUGCCAUUUUUCAAAUGCACUGCCAUUUAAGAUUGAUUAUAGAUGGAUUUCUUAACUGAAGUACUUUUAUAAUCGCAGUGAUUCUGAACAAAAUAUUUUCAAAGACAUUUGUCAUUCCUUAAAGCCAAGAUUUUAAAGACCAAUGUCCUUCUUGGGAGUUAUUUUACUAUACUGUGUAUGGUGUAUAGCCACGAAAAUCAGUCUGAUACAUUUCAGUGUGCAGGUGUGAUGCAUUCAACUUGCAUUAUUGUAGACUUAAGUCAUUACAUUUCCUCUGAUGUGUUAAAUGACAAACUCUUCUUUCCUUUUUAAUCUUUGUCUUUAACCCAUGGGUGUUAGAUGCAUUAUCUCUUGUUGAUUCUUUUAUAUCUGCACUCAUUUUAUGAGUUCUGACAAAAUGUUUUCUAGGUGAUGCUAUUGUGUAAAUGAUCAUUGGUAUAAUUUUAAAGAAAAAUUGUAAUACUGUUUUGGGUGAAAGGUAUUGUAGCAGUCAUAUAUUUUUCCAAAAUGAUUUAUUCUAUUGCAUUGUGAACUUAUAAGUAAAUCCCAUGUCCAAAAGAAUAUUUAUUAUUCUUAAACAUGCAAUUCCAAAUAAUAUUACUUCUAUAAACAAAGAAUGUUAUCAGCCUCAGCAAUCAGUGAUCUUUAUAAAAGUACUUUACUUUUAAAAAAUGAUGAAUUAUUAACUUCAGUUCCCAGCCAGUCUACUCUGACAUGCUGGUGUGCCUCAGGUGGGUUGUCAGAGGUUGGUUCCCCUGAGCUUUCAGAGUGGCCACUGGCUGAGGCCUCAGGUGGGGAGGAGGUUCUAGCUGGUGGCCUGUAGCCUUCAGGAGCUUCAGCUGCUUGGCCAGUGUGCUGGACAAAUUGCAUCAAACAGCAAUAUUUUCUGUGCAGUGUCAUGAAGUGAAAAAGGUUGGGAAACACUGAUAUAUAGUACAAUUAUUUCCAUCACUCCUCAUUGUAAUUUUAGUUACUUUUCUUGAUUGAAAAGUCAAUCAUGUUGCCAAUAAUGUUUAUGUCAAAGUCCAGUUGAAGUUUUUUAUUAGGGUUUUUUGGAUUUAAUUUUCAUUUUCUUGAAUUUACUUUUUAUUUUCUUCUCAAAUUUCUUUGGCCAAGUGCCCACAAGCAAAUUGCAUUCAAGAAGAGGUAUACCCUUUUCAUCAUAAAACUUAGGAACUGGCUUAGCAUACUAAGUUUACUGCUAAAAUGACUGAGUAACAGAAGGUAAAAAUCUGUACAGAUGGGUUUAGGAGUCCCCUUGGGUCCCUUGUUCCAUAGUUGCCAACUCCGGUGUCAGGAAGAAAGGCCAUGCUCUGAAAAUCUAGGGAGGAGAAAGUUACGGCAGCUCCUGGUGCCAUUUGUUGUGGCCGCUUUAAAGAUGCUCGGACUGUCCAGCCAGCUUCUUCCUGGUUUCAUGUGGUCUCCUCGCCCACGCUUUUCUCAUCUCUCCUGUUCCUCAGAAUCCUUUUAGCCAGAUCUUUCCCAUCAUUCCAGGACUUUCUUGUGCCCUCUUCCCCUUGAAUGUACGAGUGCCCAGGAUGUGCCUGGCACAUGGCAGGUGGCCAGUGUCUUGAUGAGGGGACCAGCUGUUGCAGCCCAACCUCCUCUUUGUCUUUCUUAGUCCCUUUCUCUGUUGUCCUUGCCACACGCUUCUGUACACACUCAGCUGUCUAGGUUUUGUUUGUGGGGUGGAUUUGUGUGUGGGGUAUGUUAUCUUUCUGACCAAAUUCCAAGCUCCUGAGGCAUACCCACAGUUCAUACUUCUCACUGUUGUCUGCUGCAGCAGGUGCCCAUGGGAUGUCAUUGUUAGUUGCUCCUUCCUUUUUGCCCAGUUCUACACUAGACAAGGAGAAGAAGCCAUGCUGUCCCCAAGCAAGAAACUGUUCUGGGAGCAGUGUUAGGGCAGAAGAUUGGAGGAGGCGCAGAGUGCCUGGAACUGAAAGAAGGUAAAUUCUUGACCUUGAGAGGGCACUGAACCACUUGACCACAGUGUCAAAUGCUGGGACUAAUGUUACACACACACACACACACACACACACACACACACACACACACAUAAAUUAAAAUGGGGCAUGGUUUGGUUUGGCAUCUGGUGUGUAUUUCACAUAAACUAUUAGGCCCUUGAGCUGUGCUGGCUUAUAUAGUAGCCACUAGCCACAUGGGGCUAUUUAAAUUAAUAAAAAAAUCAGCUCUGCAGUCACACCAGCUGCAGUUCAAGUGCUCAAUGGCUAUGUGUGGCUAGUGGCCACCACACUGGACACCACAGAUAUAGAACAUUUUCAUCAUUGCAGAAAGUUCUGUUGGACAGUACUGUGUCGAGUGCUAAUGUGAACAUUGAGAAACCAGAAUUAAUGAAUUCUCAUGAGGUUCAAAGCAGGUGUGAAUAUAUCAUAAUGCAAACAUAUGUAGGAAAGAAGAGAAAGUUGAGGACCUAUUUCUAGGAUUCUAUGAUUUCUAAGUUCUUUAUUACAGUCUUAUGCAUUUUCCACAGCAUGCAUUGUACCAUACUAUGUAGUCCAAAAAGAUAGUGUGAUUGAAAAGCUUUGGGAAAAGUUAAUGCAAAUGGAUUAUUUAGCACAUAGGCUAUAGACAUGUAUGUGUAUAUUAGUCAUUGGAGAUGUCUCUGAACAAAGGUAUAGCCUUUUCAAAUUAGUGGUUGCACUAGUGAAUAAUUAAAAGUUAUGGUUAUUUUAAAAACCGUAAGCAAAGUUAUGAAAGCUUCCUUUAAAUCUAUUAUAAUAAUGAAAAAAAUUGUCUGCCAAUAAUUCUAUCCCUCAAAAGUUUGGUUAUGUGGAAAGAGCAUGUUUGCAGAGAUUGUUCUAAUGAAUAGCAGUAUAUUUGUGGUAGGCAGAAUUGUAAGAAUGAGCCCCCCAUCCUGUACCACCCCCACCAAUGACCUUGUAUAAUAUCCUCCCCUUUGAGCAUGGGUGGAACCUGUAUAAUCCAUGAUUAUAUCAUGUUAUGUAGCAAAAGGAAGAUUACCUGGGGGUGGCUAAUCAAAUCUUGUGAGCCCAUUAAAAGCAGAGAGUUUUCUCAGGCUGGUAGCAGAAAUCAGAGACUCAAAGCAGAAGGACUCAAGGCACCAUUGCUGUUUUAAGGUAGAAGGGGCCACAUGAGAAGGAAUGCAGGUGGCCUUAAGUAGGAGCCAAGAGAGGCAAAAUGGGAGCUGCAGUCCUACAGCCACAGGAACUGAAUUCAGCCCACAAGCUCAUUCAUGGGUUUGGAAAUGCAUCUCCAGAUAAGACCCAGCCUGACCAACACCUCGAUUCCAGGUUUGUGAGACCUUAAGCAGAGAACACAGUUAAGCCUGCUUGGACUUCUGACCUAUGGAACUAAUAAAUAAAUUGUGUUUUAAGCUGGUCAAUUUGUUAUGCAGUGAUAGAAAAUGAAUGCAAUAUUUAAAAGAGAUAGAGGAAGUCUUCAUACAUGAUUCCUUAUAGUAUGUUGGAUAUUUCUUGGUAAAUGCACAAAUAAAGUCUUUACUAGCAAAUCAUGUAUCUGGGCCUCAUCUGGGAUGUACUCUGCCAGAGAUCUUCAGUAGUCUUCACUGGAAGUUUGUUGGCAAAGUUGGAGCAUCUUAGUAGCACUUUGUAAAGGAACUGCUAGAAUGAAAUUGUUAGGAAUAGGAUUGAAAUAAUAUAUAAGGAAUCUUUUUUUUUUCCUGGAAGAGGUGUUAGCUUAUACCAAUCUAGACUGCUCUGAGCCUGUCAGAAGUAUAUUAAAGAAUGGUAAACAGUGGUAUUUUAGAAUACAACAUUAAGAAUACGAAACUUAUUAUGUAGACAUCAGAUAAUCUACUCUGUACUGGCAGACUUAAUUUUCUUCUAGACCAAAACCUAGAAUCUGAUCUGUGCUAGAUAAACUGUGUGGGCCAACUAAAUUUUUGUUACUUUAAGAGUGUUUUCCCAAAACACCUCUGUAUCCAAGCCAUUACUUGCUAAUGUUUUAUUUUUAUUUUGGUUUAUCCAUUAAUUUUUGUGCUUAUUUUUAUAUACUGCCAUGGCCUUGAUGUGUAAGACCAAGUAGAGUUGUUAAAGGAAGGAAAAUAAGGCUACAGAGUAAAAAUAUGGGAAAUUUGAAUUGUAAUCGUAUCUUAGUGUUGUAAGGGAUCUCAGAUAUCCAAUCCAAUCCCUUCAUAGAAAAGGAAACUUUUCCAAGCUAUGUAGCAAUAUUUAUAGUGUGUAAAAUUUAGUUUGAUAGUUGUGAAGUUUUAUUAUAAAUUAUUCUUAGAUAUAUGCUAUGAUAACUAGUAUGCUUACUUUCUUUAAUGCAUGUGAACAUACAGUGCUAAAAAGACAGUAUUAUUUAAAAAGAAACCAAACUGAGGAUUUUGUUACACAUCUGCAUAUCAUUGAGACCUAUAUGUUAAUUCUUUUUUUACCUGAAACGCUCACUUCACCAGUUCAGGCACUAAGUAAGUCGUUUUCAAAGGAACAAACAGGAAGGAGUGAGCUGGCACUCCACCGUGCAUGUGAGCUGAGAAUUUAGAAGACACUGUUGUAGAAAGUAAACUGAGUGUUGAAGGGAAGCACUUUGUAUUAUUCCCACUGUUUGUUGUUAACAUUGCAGUAAAAAUGUAAAAUAUGGUGGUGCUAAAUUUGUUCUAAAAUAAGGCUUGUUUGUUGUGGGGAAUAUUUUAAUACUCGACAUUGGGGAGCCUGUUUUAUGUAUCACUCGCUCCUGGCUGUUUCACUGUAUUAGUAAUUAGCAAACUAUCCUGGAAUCAAAGGUUUGGUACUUUAGCUUAAUUGGCAUUCCAUUCUUUAUUUGAAAUGCUCAGUGUUUGCUCAAAUUUGGUGAAAAUACCUUUUGAAGGCAUAUUCUCUGAGCCUUAAAAACGGCUGAUAUCGACCGUACUGUAAGAUGCACUGCCAGUAGAUUUGAUACUUUUCAUUUCGGUAUCGACAGUAAUAUUUUCUAAGAAAGAUUUAGAAAUCAGCUAAGUGUAACAGUUAUUUCAUUCAUGGAAUGAAAAACUAAAGUCUCAUUCAGAACACUUUGGAAAGGUUGUCUUUGCAUUUAGAGAUGUUUCUGGAAGCAUCCUGUGGAGAAGCUGAGGAAUCUCUGCCAGGUUGUACCAGAUUGUUUUUCUUCUUAAAUGUAUUGUACAUAUUUUCCUUAAAAUGUCUUCAUUAGUUGAAUAGUUAGUAUCUGUAGGAAUAUUUUAGGUACCUGUUGGAUUUUUAAAGGAAGAUUAUUUAUUUUCAGAUUUGCUGCUAUAAUCGAAAACCUAAUAACUGGUCCUGUUGACUGUGCCUUUCAUCACUGUUUCUCUGUGCCACAGCCGUUCAUGUGUAUUUGAAAUAAAGAAGUUUCAAAAGCCA